AUGCGUUGAAAAUUCACACUAUUCUUCUUCUUCUACCUUCCACACUAUUCCCUUCUUCUUCUUCAUGACCUAACUUUACUCAUUCUUCCAUUUCUGCAAUUCCUCCAUUUCUUCUUCAAUUUUGUUUUUCUCUGAUUAGGUUUUCUGAGCUUUGAAUCUCAGGCAAGUUUCCAAUGUGCUGGUUGAGUCAAAUUUCAAGCUAGGGCGAAAUCGCCUUGCGAUUUGCGAUUUUCAGCGCUUGUCGUUUACCGCCAUGGAAGGUAACAAGGACGAAGCACUGAGAUGCGUUCGCAUCGCCGAGGAGGCGAUUGCAUCAGGGAACAAAGAUCGCGCGCUCAAGUUCAUCAAAAUCGCGCAGCGCCUCAAUUCCGACCUGCCGGUGGACGCGUUGCUGAGCGCGUGUAAUCGCCUCGAUUCACAAUCCUCCGGUGGCGCCACCGCCGCCGCGGGCGGCGGCGGCGGCGGGGGUAAGACGCCCAGAGCUCCGGCGAGAACCGAAGAGAGGAGUUACACGGAAGAGAAUGUUCAGUUGAUUAGGGAGAUUAAAGGGAAGAGCGAUUACUAUGCCAUUCUUGGCCUUGAGAGGAGCUGUUCCGGCGAUGAGAUUCGGAAGGCUUAUCGGAAGCUCUCACUGAAGGUUCAUCCUGAUAAGAACAAAGCGCCGGGUUCAGAGGAUGCGUUCAAGAAGGUUUCCAAGGCAUUCAAGUGUUUGAGUGAUGAUGGUUCGCGGAGGCAGUAUGAUCAUACUGGUUUGGUGGAUGAAUUUGAGGCGAGCCAGCAGAGUAGUUUCAGGCGCCGGAGAAGAAGAACGACGGCGGCGCAUGAUAUUUUCGAAGACGAGUUUGAUCCUGAUGAGGUAUUCAGGGCAUUUUUUGGACAGUCCACUGUGUUUGGGAGGAGGACUCACCUGUAUAGGACUAAUGGGACGGGUGGUAAUCAUCAGAGGCACGAGUUUCAGGGUGGUGGUGGUGGUGGUGGAGGAGGAGCCGGGCUUAAUAUCAUGCUCCUGGUUCAGCUCUUGCCCUUCUUGAUCAUUUUCCUGCUUGCCUACUUGCCGUUUUCGGAGCCUGAUUUUUCUCUGCAUAAGAAUUACUCCUACCAGAUUCCGAAGACGACAGAGCAGCAUGGGGUUCAGUUUUUCGUGAAAUCUCAGGCAUUCGACGCUAACUACCCGCUCGGAAGUUCGGCUCGUGCAGCCAUUGAGGAUAAUGUCAUAAAGGAUUAUAAGAAUAUGCUUCGUCGUUAUUGUCAGGUGGAGAAUCAGAGGCGUAUGUGGAAUAGGAAUCUGCCUGCUCCUCACUGUGAUAAGCUAAAAAACUUUGCAGUAGUAGCCUGAAGGUCUUUCUCUGUGGUGUUCUUUCCUUGCAGCAAAAUUGACUACACGGAUGUUUUUUACUUGGCUUGAGGAGUUAUUGUACCAGUUGUUCAGCUUUUGUGCACAUCCUAUUCUUCAGGAUAUCUAAUACUAUAUACAGUAGUAGCUCUUGUCACGCACUGUAGGCUAAGUAACUCCUAGUCAACUGCCGGUAAAUAUGGUUAAAAAUGUUUUUCUUAUUGUUGGAGAAAUAUUUGGAUAGGAUUGUGUUAUACUGGGUUAUCAAUGAUGCAGAAGAUGGCAGCAGAGAAUUACAUAGAAGUGAUGAGUAUCAGCAGUGAGGCCCUAGAAUGCAAGCCCAUGAACUGAGUUUUCUAAAAUACUUGAGGGUAACAAGUUAAAUAGUUGAAGUAUGCAUACUAUUGCAUGAUUAAGAAAAAAUUCAUGUGAAAAAUGGCUAUUGCUACUUUCAAAAAUGAAUAAAUUUUCAGUGAGUCAAGGAA